AUGAAAACGUUGUUUACUGUGGACACAUCAACAGGUGCACUCCGGAUGACGAGCAGUGUCAACAGUUUAGUGGAGUAUUUGAAGUACCUACAUUUGUUCGGAGAGACAUUUGGACUUCACCUUAAAAAGGAAGCUCCUCUUGCCAUAGAGAUGACGCCAGCAAUAGAGAGACUAGAGUUAGUUUAUUGAUUUGACCAAGAGUGCGUCGACAAUGUCAAGCUUGUAACAGGCAUGCAUGGUGAAACACAAGGCCCUCAAGGAACUGUUUCUUCAGUUGUCAUUGAAGACGAGAGACGAUUACUUAAGUCACCACGUGAAAUUAAGGUCCUUUUGGACCGAUUUAGUCCUGGGUUGAGUGCUAGAUUUAACAUAAAGAGCAUUUUGACCCCGUUUGUGGAAAACACGUUUUCUGAGAUGAGAACGGGUGCCAGUGACAUGCCGUUGCAGCUUGAAUUUGACUACAGGUUCAGUAGAGCGAUCAAAGAACGCUUAAAAAGACAGUGCUCUACACCAUAUUCAUACUUUACUAGCUCUAGUUCAUACUACCCACACACCUUUGUAUCUGCAAGCUACUCUGACCUUCCGAAAUUACGUCCCCCAAAGGCAAACAAGCUCGCGAGAUGA